GCCGUCAUAAAUCGAAGAGCGAGUGAAGCCAUCGACAACAGAGGAAUGACAUAUCCUUGACUGAUAAACUCUCCAGUGAAGUGGUCUCCCGAUUUCGUCACCCGUGUCUGAUCCCGAAAUUGGCUAAUGUGAACAUGAGUUUCGGUUGCACAGUGCUUUAAGUGACACAGAUUUCAACUAGCAUUGAUUGGGAACAACGACCAGUUCAGUGGAAGAAGAAGAAAAAACCACUGUCAUCAUGCCAAAUCCAAGCACAAUGAGACAUAAGAAGCGACAUCGGAAGAGUCAAUCGUCCAUUUGGCAUCAUCUCUCGCCCUCGUGGAUUUUGUUCCUAACUGAUCGUCGGACAACAGCCCCAUCUCGUUCUUCCUCUUCAACAAAGUCAUCUCUACGACAUCUCGGAUGCCAUCCAGUGUCCGUGGUGUCAAUGUUACUAGCAGUGUUUUUGUGUCAAGUGCCCGCAGCUCAAUCAGAAUGUUUUGGGGGUGUGGAAACCUAUGAGAAAACGGCCGGAACCACGGUCGUGUGCGAAUCUACGGAGUGCAACUCCAGAGGAUUGCUGACCCAACCCGAAACGUCGGUCACUCGUGAUUGCAUCGCUAUUUGCAAACAGUCAUCCGGCUGCAAGUCAUUCACAGUUGAUUAUCUCAACAGUCGUUGUCAGAGUUAUGACAUCGACACCAAUUCCCGUGCGGGGAAGCAGAAAUUGGAGAAGGACUCCAUUGUCAAUUUCUUCGAAAAGACAUGUCUUCGAGGAAUGCGGCAAAAUGAGUUUGAUAAAAUGUGCAAUUCCGAGCGGGGUUGGGCUUUCGAGCGGGUGGUGGACGGGGUUUUGGAUGGCUAUGACCACAAAACCAUCGACGGAGUGGAUACCCGCGGGGAAUGUGCCCGUCUUUGCCUAACUGAGAACGACUUUGAAUGCCGAUCGGCGGAAUACCGAUUGGACGCCAAAAUUUGCGUUCUCAGUCGAGAAGACCGCCGAACUCAACCCGAAGCUUUUCGAGUCACCCCAGGGACCGACUACAUCGAGAACCAAUGCGCCAAAGAAUUGCCGGAUUGUAGCUACACUUCUGCCAAGCAAGAUGUGACCGUGGUGGCCAUGGACGAUAUUUUGUUUUCUCGCACUGCUAAUGAUUGCCAACGGUUUUGCGACGAUGCGCGAGCAUUCCAAUGUCGAAGUUUCGCUCAAAAGGAGGAUCGGUGCUAUUUGAGUGGCGACGAUUCCAUCACUCUAGAUGGAGUUCCUCAACCAGUGGAAAUUGGUGCAGUUUAUAAGGAGAAGAUUUGUGCUCGCAGCACGUGUGACGGAGGAAUAUUUACGUAUGAAAAAACCACCGGCUAUUUCCUUCGAACUGCCAUUCAAGAGCCUUUGACCAAUGAUCGAGCGGCUCCAGGUAUCACUUACAAUUGCUCGUCUCUCUGUUCCCAAGUGGGAUCAGAUUGUCCGGCUUUCGCUGUGGAUUAUAGCGGACAAAGAUGCUUCAAAUUGGACAGAAACACCCAGGGACGAGGCGACUCUUUGGCACCGAGGGAUGGUUCCAGCUACUUUGAGAAGAUCUGUCUCCGUGGGGAAAUAUCGCAAUGUCGCGAUAAAGCUUGGGCCUUUGAGCGAGUACCAGAUCGCAUGCUCCAGGGUUUCGACGACAAGGACUUUCCCAAUGUGCCCACCCGACGUGAUUGCGAAGAGCUGUGCUUGCGAGAGCGCGCAUUUGAGUGCAAGUCGGCCGAGUAUGACACUGUGGCAUUGACUUGUACGCUCAGUCGGGAGUCUCGAAGGUCGAAACCCAAGGCCUUUCGAGAUGCGCGUAACAUGGAAUACUUGGAGAAUGCCUGCAUGAAGUCCAGCGAUCUGGAUUGUCCAUACCAACGAACGGAUAAUGCUUAUCCACGCUAUUUAGACGCGGUAAUCAAUGAUGUCAAAGAUGAAGUGGCCUGCGAAGUUCAAUGCACCUUCUACGAGAAGUUUGUUUGUCGUUCGUUUGCUUUCUACUCCUCGGCUCAGCAAUGUUUUAUUAGUGGCGACGAUCGAGCAUCGGCGGCUGAGGAGGCACUUCAAAAUAGACCCGGCACCGAUUAUUUUGAGCGCAACUGUGAUCCAGCAUUCCGCCCUAUCGACACCCAGGACAGUGCUAGUAACAACAAUAAAGUCGAUCAAGUUGACUUUAACGCCAAGAGAGACCCUGAUCUCUCCACAGCCGAGAGCCGCAUCCUUACAGAAAGAAGAUGCACCUUCGGUCAUCUGACCUACGAGAAGACCACUGGCCAUGAGCUCAUCCGAGCUCGACCCACGCGAUUGUUCAGUGACCGCGAUGGCGGAAUCAUUGCCCAAUGUGUCAAGCGAUGUGAGGACGACUCGAGAUGCUUGGGAUUCAACAUGGACUACAAUCGAAAUGAGUGCCAAGCCUUGGCCAAGAACUCCGAGGAUAACCUUUUCAACGUCAGGGCCAGCUCAGGAGUGUCUUAUUUCGAGGCCGUGUGCUUGCGAGGGCAAGAUUGUGGCGUCUUGUGGACAUUCGAACGAUUCAUUGACAUGGAACUUCGCGGUCAAGAGAGGCGAGCUUUAAGAGAUGUCUCCAAGACCGAUUGCGAGGACGCUUGCCUUUCCGAGACGAGUUUCAGUUGCAAAUCUGCAAACUACAACCAUUUGAGUCGAGAAUGUGUGCUGAACGAUGAGACACAAUUCUCUCGUCCCAAUGAUUAUGUGGUCAGCCAAGGCGUCGAUUAUUUGGAGAAUCAAUGCGAGACAGCCCAAGCUCAAUCACGAUGCGAAUACUCGAUUCCCAUCCUGGAUCAAUACUUGAUCUACAGCGACAAAGUUCUGGAUGCAUUCACGGAUGCCACUUGCCGCCAAGCUUGCACCCAAGAACGCGAAUUCAAUUGCCGAUCCUAUUCGUUCCUCAGUGAGAGCCAACCAGGCACGCCUCAAUGCUUGUUGAGUGGAGACACACAAAUCUCGGCAGGGAGAAACGCCUUCCAAUUAGAAAAUGGGGCCAUUUAUUCCGAGAAAGACUGCCUUUUGGGCUCCUCCUCCUUUCCAGCAUCGACGUCUUCGGCUUCAAGGCCAUUCAGACCCGGCCUUCAGACAAGACCUCAGAUCGAUAUUAACAACGUUCGGCCUUUGGAUACUGGCAUCCAGUUCUCGGGGGAUCGAGAUCGUGACCGGAAUCGUGACAAUAACGGCGCCGAUCGAGAUCGAGGACGCGAACGGGAUCGUGACCGAGAUCGAGAACGUGACGGAGACCUGGAUCGCAACCGGGACCGGGACCGCGAUCAAGAUCGAAAUCGAGACCAGGCCCAGUUCCCAUCCUCGGCAUCGGACCAACAAGGAGAUCCUCGGGACUGUGAGGCCUUCGACUUGGAAACCACCUACGAAAAGGUCGUGGAUUACAACUAUGAGAGAGGCUCGAAGAUCCAAGUUACCGUUGCCAAGGAUAUUGGCAUCAUUAUUCAAUGCUUGACCCAAUGCAAUAUCCAAGGUCGCAAUUGUCUGUCGGUAACGCUACUGAAUGAACGCGGUGGUCGGCAACGAUGUUUUGAACACGACAGCUCGGCUUUCGCUGACCAAACAGAUCCAACAGCCGAGACGGGGAUCACUUACUUCGAAAAAAUUUGUGUCCGUCGAAAAUGCCGCAAAAGUUGGACAUACGUCCGUGUCCCUCAGUUCGAGUACAUUGGAGAAGCCAACGAAGAGUUGGGCGGAGUGAACUCGUUGGCUGAAUGCCGGAACCUGUGCUCGGAAACGACGCUUUACGAGUGUCGAGCGGCCACUUACUACAGUAACUCGAGGAUUUGCAAACUCAUUCAAAGCAAUUGUGAAUAUGUCGACCAACCCGGUACCUAUUUGCCCUUCACGGAUACCUACAUUCCAUCGGUCACCGACAUUGAAGAGUGUCGAUCCCAAUGCUCCGCUCAAGGCCAAUACAACUGUCGCUCUUUCAACUUCAACGCAUUUCGCAAGGAAUGCUUCUUAUCGGGCGAUGAUUCCAUCAGUUUGCCCACGGGUCUUCAGAAUGACCGAGACUUCACUUUCAGCGAGCGAGCCGGAUGCAACUCGGGUAACCAAGCUAAUUUCGGGCCAUCGGGUGUCAAGGUUCGAGUCGAGUGCACACCAUCUGACAUGCUGGUUCGCUUGGCUCUGGCCCGAGAUUUCAAUGGCCGGAUCUACGCCACCGGAAAUCCUCAGGCGUGCUUCGAACUCGGAAAUGGCCAAAGCGACAUGACUCUCCGGAUUCCCCUGGGCUCACAAUGCGGAACCGUUCAACAGAAUCGCGGGCGUUACGUGAACCACGUGGUCAUUCAAGAGAAUCCGGUGAUUAUGCAAGACACUGACAAAACCGUCCGGGUGGAGUGCGCCUUCACAGCUGAUGAUCAGACGGUGUCGUUCAAGCCCACAGCCGGAAUCGAUGGUCGGCAAGACGGCGGGGGAGGUGGAAUCAGUGUUACGGUACCCUUUCAACCCACUGGAACAAAUAUUGUCACCAACACGGCUCCGACACCGGGGGUCAGAAUGAGAGUUGUCCGCAAGAAUGGAGAGACCGCAAACAUGGUUGGACUUGGAGAAGAUCUCCAACUGAGGAUCGAGAUUGACCAGGACUCAGCCUUUGGCCUUUUCGCGCGGCGUCUUGAGGCCAGAACCGACAAUGGCGAGCUCAUGAACCUCAUAGAUGAAUCUGGAUGUCCCGUCAACGAGCUGAUUUUCCCAGCUUUGGAACUCGAGUCCGAAUCUCGAGCUUUAUUUGCCGACUUCAAAGCCUUCCGAUUCCCUUCCACUCCAAUUGUUAACUUCGUAGCAACGGUCCAAUUUUGCCAAGAAGUCUGCGAACCCAUGGAGUGCUCGGGCAAUUUGAACUCUUUCGGUAGACGACGCCGAGCUCUCAACGAUACCGAGGAUGGGGACAACUCAGGCACGAGGUCCUACUACAAAACCGGGGAUGAGGUGUCUGUUACGACCUCGACCACAUUGCCUUAUACCACCAACGAGGCUGUCCUGGCCAAUUCUUUGGAUAUUGCCCAAGAUCCAGCGAGUAGAACCUCUCGCUCAACCAACUUUGGGAAUGAGGACCACCAACGAAGUGGAAAAUUGUUGCCAGAUCACGUUGAUUUGGGUUUGCGACUCACGGUGGGCGAAGAAGUCCUGCAAAAACCCUCGUUUCCCAGUUCCAUGGGAGGGGGCCACUUCCCCGAGACCAGUCCGUACACCGAACCGGCUUUAAAUGCAUACUAUCCGUCCCUCGCAAACGCAGGAGGAGCUGCCAUAGGCGAUCCUGACUUGAUAUGUAGUCCCCCGAGUUCUCUCAUCGCGGUGAUUGUCAUCAUUCUGGUCCUGAACGUGGCCAUGAUCGCUGCUUUCAUCUUGUUCUAUCGGCAAAAGCGAAAAUAUUGGUCGAAGCGAGUGGGUGCUUCCGGAAUGGGUCCCCCGCCUUUGCCCUCUCGUCCUUCCACCUCGCCACCUUCAACCACCAUUCAAAGUACUUCUUCAAGUGGAGUCAUGUUCAAGAACCCUUACGAACAGCCUCAAGGGGUCACCCGACAGAGAAUAGCAGGUCUUCACUCGUCCAUGAACUCGCUUCCACGCGACGACCAAUACUGAGAGCCUCGGUUCAAAUCCGAAGCUCCAAAAAUAUGCCAAACUGUGUGACCUCAACCCCAAAUUCUUGCCUUUCAAUGGCUCACAUUUGCAAAUAAUGACCCAAAACCUAUCAGUCUGGAGGGGAUAGGAAGAGACCUGCCUGUGCAUUUAUCUUUUACCGGCCUAUCAGCCACACACAAUCAUCAAACAAACAAACAUUCCUGCCCAAUAUUUUCUCAUACCCCCAAUUUAAACUACUUGGUUUCUUCCAUUGUGAGAACCCUUCCAAACAAACACGUCAAUCCUACUUCCGUCAUUCUGGCACUCGAACCUCAACCAACUAAACGAGCGAACCAACUGGAUCUCAGAUCCAGCCAGCCAUUAAAAGAGCACCGAUCCCAGGGUUUCUCUAGGCUGAAAACUGCCUUGACGAGCAUGAGACCAACCCAAGAUUGGACGUGGGAAAGUCGUACGAUGCAUCAAAACUUUAACCGCGGGCCUCGAGUGGCGUCAGGAGAAUAAAAAGAACCUGCCUCUUUAACAAAGUCUGAAAUUGGAAGGCCAAAGAGAGACUUUGCCCGCUUUGCCCCAAGAGCCAAGAGCCAGCCGAAAGCUCCGAAUUGGAGGAAACGACCCAAGCGGUCUGAGCAGGAAGGCGUCGACGACAUUAAAUGAAAGGAGGACCCUGUAAUUGAGAUCCCGACAAAAGAGGACAUUUUAAAGGAUUCCAUCCAAGUUAGCUGGCCCGACGUGAGAUGGUGAAACCCGUGGCUGCUCAUUUGAAUAUAAAUGAGAAAUCCUAGUGGAUAAAAAAGUUCCUCCCUCUCUGUGGGCAGCUUCGUUUCGCCAGUUCAUUUGCCCAGGACAAGAACGGACCAAGUUGACCCAGCACGUGCAAGUGAAGUUCUCCAAGCCCACUUCCAACCAUUUUCUUACAUUUUACUACUUACUAGUACAGUUACUUAUGAUACCAGUCAUUUUACCAAAGAAAGCCUUUGAUUACCUGAAGAUGUAUUUUGCCAGCGUUCACAAUCAAAUUUGAGAGAGCAAGUGACGAGUUGAAGAAGCCAGCAGAGUUCGAAUGACCGACAGUGAUGCCAAUGCUCUUGUACAAACAACCUUGAAUGUGUGAUCAACGUGGGAAAAAUUGGAGUUGGCCUGUGGGACGAACUUUUGUGGGGAAAGAGAUUCCAGCCAACGACUCCGGGAAAGAUUGGAAUGGAUGCCAAAAUUACAUUCUUGAAAAAGCAUUAUCAAAAUACUAUUCUAGCUUUAUUACACCAUGCUAUGUUGUAUCAGGUCCAAUGGGCCCUUGUAAAAAAAUCUUGAAUGAAACAUCUGUAAACUAUGUCGGAAGAGAAUCUAUGUUUUCUAAAAAUGCGAUGAUAAUUUUACGUAACCAAUGAGUUGAUGCGACAAAUAAAAUCCUUUCAUUUUGGAGCCCAACACAAAGUUUGGCAAUGCA